AUGCCGUGGACACUUCCAACAUUUAAAGACACCACAAGUAGAAUAUCAAAAAAAUGUAGGGAUAGGUUUAAAUCUUGCGACGACAAAACCUACGGAGGUGUUGCCAAGAAAGAAGUGCCUGUGGACACUCGCUCCUCUGAAGAAUACUUCGACGCAGAAGAUGAACUGCAACCAACGGAUUUGAAGACCCUCGACAGAGGCCAGUCAGAAGAGAAGAGGACCAAUACCAAUCAAAUAUAUCCUCAAGACAAAGUCAAAGAUAACCAUCAAGUUCAACAUGAUACGAAAGAUCAAACGGUCAAGAAUUCGCAAAAGGAUGACACAAGCAAGCACAUAUGGGACAAUACGGGACAGCAACCACCAAGGACAAAGUACAAUCUCUAUCAACAUGCUACAAGAGCUUGGAAAAGACAUCGCUCACACUCUUGUGACUCGAAACCAGACAACUGCAAGACAAACAUUGCAGGUGAGCCAAGGACUUCACCUGUAAGGUACAUGUCGUCUGUCGUUCUAAACGACUGGAAUCCAAGUCACAUGUCAAAGGGUGUGUAUCAGCAACAACAGAGUUCGGAGCCUCAUAAUCGUUCGAAGGAGGGUAAGAAAGUUUUAUGCAAAAACACAAUGCAUGCAUAUUACUGGUAUUCGACAAGUUUGGCGCCAUUACCAAGAGCUGGAGACCCUCCAACCAUUGAGAUUAAUCCAGAACAACCUGCAACAACAGAUGAAGAAAGCGGCAAAGCGUGCCAGGAAGAAAAUCAACAUUCAGGCAAGUCAUCUGGAUGGUUGGGUUGGUUGGGCCACAUUGGAUGUUGGUUGGGGAACUGGUUUGUUUGGUUUACUUUAUUCCGCUGGUUACCAUGGUUGCCAACACGCACGCCCAGAAUCUAUCUCUGUACCUCCCGGGGCAUCGUGAGCAUUCGUGGGCUCAAAGAGAAGUUACAGGCGCUGUCGGACCCUUCCAGGUGCGUCGUUCAAGACCUGGAGCUGCCUUACAACCGCCUAGAACAAUUCAAGUUUCCCUCGGAGGUUAACAGCACCGAUGCUAUGAUUCUCUGCCAUUCGAUCCGGAACAGAGGGUUCAGCAUCACCGAUGUCCAAGAUUCAAUCUAUGACGAGUUCCUGAAGUCCUGCAAUGAGGUCUUUGGUAGAGAUCACAUGGUCGUUGUCGUACACGAUUUCAACUUCAAUAAAGAAACUCUGAAGGGCCAAAUGGAGACAUUUCAAUCCAUACAGCCGGCGACGUUCAAGAUGGCCGGCCUCGUUGUUCUUGCAGGAAAGCUUGAUGAUACCGAGGUGCAACUCUGUCAAGACGAUUUAGCACAGCUAGAAAAGUUCGUGAAGAAAUUUUGCUAACGUCUGCUCAAAUUAGAGAGAGAGAAAAAAAAAACCUGUCGCUUCGAAAUGUUUAAGAAAAAUUAACAAAAAACAUUUAAUGGUGCUAUGGACUUUAUAGCUUAUACAAUAGCGCACUGGAUUUUAUUUUUAUUGGAAUGAGAGGGGACAGGGAAAUAUUGUGCCAAGAGAGAAGUACCUUUAUUUUCAAUAUUUGAAAAUGGAGUUUAUAAAUACUGUCGACAAGAUAUGAAAUGGGUGUAUGGAGAAAAAAAAAUGGAUAUUAAAAUGUUGAGCUUUCAUUUUCAUCACU